UGAAGGGAAAUCCGGCAUAGAACAGGGUUUAAACAGCUCCUAGGUCUGUCAAAUACUGUGCCCGGGCCCGGGCCAAGCCUCUUCCAGCAAGCAUACUGUAUGCAGAUAAUUGGCAUUUCUCAUUAGAGAUUGAAAGACAACCUGUGCCAAAUGAUAUUUCUUUAAAACCUUUCUUAAGCGGUGUGCCCUAGUACACGUCCUUUUCGAAAACAAAAUUCAAGAAAGGCUAUUAUAUCUUUUCCAAGUUGAUAGAAAACCAAACGUUUCCUGGAGGUCUGUGCAGGUUCUAAAUCAUUUUGGGGUCGUACAGGAUGCCCAGAAUAUUCUUCUAUGUAGUAAGCACUUCACAUCAUUUUUUUGUUCAACGCGAUAAGAAUUAAAAAGAAAAACAAACAGUUCAGUUCUUUGAAGGCUUGUAUUCUACUAGAGACAAAAUAAACAUGUGAAAAGUUACAUGACCAUAAGAGAAGGUAGUCAUGGUUUGAGAUAUUCAAAGUUGUCUGAAGAAAACCUAUGCCUGCCUUGGAAAGUGGUGGGUGUUACAAAUCACAUUGAGCCAAAAAACGUCCGGUGUUUUCUUCAGCUACAAACAAAAUGAACAUCCCAGUGCUGCUCCAUCCUCACCAGUGCUUCCUGAAAGGCCUUUUGCGAACACCUUUCCGACGUUACCACUUCAUCUUGCACUCAAGAACUCAUCUCGGGUUAGGAGGCCCAUGUGCUCGGUCAUCUGAUUCUCUUGGACUUCCUUGUACAAAGUGGAUGCUGCUGUCCAAUGGUUUAAAGAGACAGUUAUGUGUACAAACAACCUUAAAGGAACAUACAGAAGGACUUUCUGAUAAAGAACAAAGACUUGUGGAUAAACUUUAUACUGGUCUAAUCCAAGGGCAAAGGGCCUGCUUAGCAGAGGCCAUAACUCUUAUAGAAUCAACUCACCACAGGAAAAAAGAGCUGGCCCAGGUGCUUCUUCAGAAAGUGUUGGUCUACCACAAAGAACAAGAACAAUUAAAUAAAGGAAAACCACGGGCAUUUCGAGUGGGAUUAUCUGGGCCCCCUGGUGCCGGAAAAUCAACCUUUAUAGAAUAUUUUGGAAAGAUGCUUACUGAGAGAGGGCACAAAUUGUCUGUGCUGGCUGUGGACCCUUCUUCUUGUACCAGUGGUGGAUCACUCUUGGGGGAUAAAACCCGAAUGACUGAGUUAUCAAGAGAUAUGAAUGCAUACAUCAGACCUUCUCCUACUAGAGGAACUUUGGGAGGUGUGACAAGGACUACAAAUGAAGCUAUUCUGUUGUGUGAAGGAGGGGGAUAUGACAUCAUUCUUAUUGAAACUGUAGGUGUGGGUCAGUCGGAGUUUGCUGUUGCUGAUAUGGUUGACAUGUUUGUUUUACUGCUGCCACCAGCAGGAGGGGAUGAAUUGCAGGGUAUCAAAAGAGGUAUAAUUGAGAUGGCAGAUCUGGUAGCUAUCACCAAGUCUGACGGAGACUUGGUUGUGCCAGCUCGAAGGAUACAAGCAGAGUAUGUGAGUGCGCUGAAAUUACUCCGCAAGCGUUCAGAAGUCUGGAGACCAAAGGUAGUUCGUAUUUCUUCCAGAACUGGAGAGGGGAUCGCUGAGAUGUGGGAUAAAAUGAGAGAAUUCCAGGACCUGAUGCUUGCCAGCGGCGAGCUGAUGACCAGACGACAGAAGCAGCAGAAAAUCUGGAUGUGGAACCUCAUUCAGGAGAGCGUGCUAGAACAUUUCAGGACCCACCCCACCGUGCGGGGCCAGAUUCCUCUCCUGGAAAGGAAGGUGCUCAGCGGGGCCCUCUCCCCAGGGCUAGCGGCAGACUUGUUGCUGAAAGCUUUUAAAGCAGAGACUAAUGAGAUGUAGGCUACACGGUAAUCUGACAUAUUGUUUCGUAAAGUAUUUUAAUAUUAAAAGUGAUUCUUCUGUGGUG